AUGAUCUUCUCCAUUCUUUCCAAGCUCAUACUGUUAGCAGCAGCCGUGCAGGUUCAAGGUCAAGCUCCUUUUGGGAACACUACUAGCACGGCCGUUUCUACCCCUGUUGCACCUGGAACUGGCACGAAUAGCACUAGUCUUUCAUCCAGCUAUCCUGCAAGUAGUCUUAACACAAGCAGCACCAGAGGACCAAUCGGCGUUUCCUCAAACAGCUCGCUCCCUAGCUAUCCUGUCACCAGUAGUGCGAACGUAACCAGCACUCCUUACUUCCCUACUUCAAACAGUUCUGUUUCAGCUAGCACUCCUUACUUUCCUACUUCAAACAGCUCUGCUCCUGCCAGCACUCCUUACUUGAAUACGUCCAAGACCGUUGUUCCUACAGGUAGCGCAAAUGCAACUAGCGAACCUCUUCCAGGUACCGGAAACAGUAGUGUCAGCGCCAUUCCUACGAGCAGUGAAAACGCGACUGGUACAGUUAUCCCUCCUAAUGUUACUAGUACUCCUUCGACCGUGAAUUCCAGCAGUUCUUUCUCAGUCAGUAGUAGCUCGGCAAGCGGGAAUUCCAGCAAAGGACCUUCACCUAUUCUCACUGGUAACACUACUAGUAUUCCAUCUGCGGCCGGCCAAACAUUGCCGUUGAAGGGCUUUGCCACUACCUUUGCCUUACUCGUUGUGUCUAUUGCUUUUUUAACCUAA